UAGAAUAAAUCUCUCAAAUCAUUUAGUUACUUAUGCAUGCAUUUUAAAACAGAAUCUACGAAACACAGCCCAUUCCUACAGCUUGUGUUCAUACCACCAUGAACGAGAGCCUUGUCUCAAAGUACAAAGAUAUCGUCACCUCCAGAGGAUUGACUUACCACUAUCUGUCCUUGCCAGCUGUGGACGACAAGCCCACUCUACUCUUUAUUCAUGGCUUUCCCUCGAUUUCAUACGAUUGGUAUCAUCAGAUCAACUACUUCUCUGAGAGGGGAUUCGGAGUAGUAGCGCCCGACAUGCUCGGAUACGGCGGCACGUCUAAACCUACCGAUAUGUCUCUCUUUCUGCACACCGCCAUCGCGCAAGACUUGCUUGACAUUCUUGAUGCCGAGAAAGUCCAAAAAGCCAUAGCCGUUGGGCAUGACUGGGGCGCACGCAUGAUCUCCCUCCUGUCAAUGAAACACUCUGACCGUUUCUUGGGUUUCGCGUGGGUUGUCGUCACAUACCAACCGUACGGUCCCUUCCCUCCCAUUGAUGUUAUCUUGGAGAUGAAUAUUAAAGAAUUCGGUCGGCCGCUACUGGGGUACUGGAAGUUUUUCGAACAAGAAAGCGCUCCCCAAACCAUCGAGAAGAACCUGGAAUCAUUGAUUUCCGUGCUUUAUCCGGAUGACCCAGACAGUUGGCUGACUCUGAUGAAUCAACCCGGGGAGAUACAGGCCUUUAUCGAAAAUGGAAAGACGACAAAGAGAGCUAGUUAUCUCACAGACGAGCACCACUCACGCUUGUUAGAGUCACUGAGGAAGGAUGGGUUAACGAGUGCCCUGAACUGGUACCGGUGCACGCUCGGUGGUGUCAAUUCCCGCAUCAUGGAAGAGAUACCAGAAGAAAAUCAGUUUAUCAAGAAACCCGCGUUCUUCGCGGUCGCAAGGAAAGACCACGUAUGCGUGUAUGAUUACGCCGUAUCAUCUAUGAAGAAAUACGCGACGGGAGGUCUCAAGAUGGUAGAGUUCCAAGGAGGACACUGGAUUCACUUGGAGGAACCGGAAACGUUCAACAGAGAGCUUGAGGGUUGGAUUUACGAUACAUUACAACAAAGUUGUUGAGCAACGUACGCGGGUUGGUCACGAAGACUCAUGAACAUCAGCCGUAUAUCACAAAUUCACGAUCUACCCGAGCCCAACUCUCACCCAAGACGUUGUAAAUCAAGGGGUGAUUUCUGGUUUGCACAUCAUGGAACGCGGGGGCGACUGUAGACGAAGACAACACGAGAAUUGAAUUAGCCAGCCAUUUGAGUUCCUCAAAUCGUGCGCGU